CCUCAAUCGGUCCGCCAUUUCGCCAAAGAGUUGUCUCAAUUGGAGUCCAAAAUAGAUAUCCUUAUCAAUAACGCAGGGAUUAUGGCGUGUCCUGAAUGGCAGACUGAGGAUGGCUUUGAGAUGCAGAUCGGGACCAAUCAUUUGGGUCAUUUUCUGUUAACAUUACAUUUGGUACCACUGCUGAGGAAGUCAUCGGCAGCCCGUGUGGUAACCGUUUCCUCCAGUGGUCACGGAUUAGGACGCAUUCAUUUAAAUAACAUAAACCUCCGAAACGGUGAUUAUCACCCGUGGUUUGCCUACGGACAGAGCAAACUCGCAAAUGUCUUGUUUAGCCGGGAGUUGGCUAAAAGGCUAAGACAUACCAAUAUCAAUGCAUAUUCCCUAAAUCCCGGUGCGAUUGACACGGAUUUGAGUAGACAUUACCGGAAAACUGAUGAUAAAACAAAAGGAAAAGGAUUUCUGAAGAAAAACCUUUUGAUGACACCUUUCAUGGGAUCUCAGACUACACUGUAUUGCGCUCUGGAGGAGGAUUUGGACGACGAGACCGGAUAUUACUACGAGUAUGUCUUAUAUUAAUUAAUAUAUUA